CAUCACGCCCUCUGGAAGAUAGGUGAGCAUCACCGGGAUGUCAGCCCCAGCAAUCUCACGGGAUACCGCACACACGGUCAAUUCACAGGCGUGCUCAAUGACUACGACUUAUCGUUGUUUCAGCGAGACAGUCCCAACAGCCUUGAGCGCACAGGGACAGUACCAUUCAUGGCGUUAGACCUUCUCAUACCAGAGUUCAUGGCAGGCAAGGUCGAGCACGUGUACGCGCAUGAUGCCGAAUCGUUCAUCUGGGUCCUCACCUGGACCUGU